GAGGGAGAGAGAGAUUUGGAUAUUUGUGAUGAAAGAGAGAGAGAGCAUAGAGAAUCCCAAUGCUAAAGCUGAGAGACACAGACAGCAGAGUUUACUGUUGUCACUCCCUGGCCCUGUUAUGUGACCAAUUAAACUAAUCCUUACUCUCUAACACACACACACUCUCUCCCUCUCUUUCCCAUCUUCCAUUAUCAUAUCAUUUCCAACUUCACUCUCUUUCUCUCUCUCUCUCUCUCUCUCUUUACACAUGCUUUCCAAUUCCUGUACCAGUUCCAACCUCUAUCUUACUAACACUCCCAUUUUCCCUCACACCCCACAAAUCCAAUAACCCACCAAGACCCAAUAACCAAUCAAAGAUUCCAUCUUUUUGAAUCGAAAGCCACAGUUCCCAGAUCACCCAACAAAAAAAUUAAAAAAUUAAAAUUAAAAGAAUCAUCGAAAUAGAUGAGAGAGAACCAUCCUUCAACAAACUCCGAAGACGAUCACCGAUCGUCUCUUCUGGAUCUCGCGAGGGCAGAAAUCACCGAAUCGUCUUCUUCGUCCUCGUCCUCCUCCUCCAAGACCCGAACCUGCACCGGGUUACCGGGUACUGGUUCCGGGUCGGGUCCCAUGGAGUUCCAGGCUCCGUUCCCGGACCAGGUCCUAGAGAACGUACUGGAAAACGUGCUCCAUUUCCUCUCGUCGCGGCGCGACCGCAACGCCGCGUCAUUGGUGUGCCGCUCGUGGUACCGUGCGGAGGCACUCACCCGAUCCGAACUCUUCAUCGGGAACUGCUACGCGGUGUCGCCUCGCCGCGCCACCGCCAGGUUCAGCCGUGUCCGGUCCGUUACCGUGAAGGGCAAGCCGCGGUUCGCGGACUUCGAUCUGAUGCCGGCCGAUUGGGGGGCCCACUUUUCGCCGUGGGGCGCCGCCUUAGCUCAGGCCUACCCUGGGCUUGAGAAGCUCCACCUGAAACGCAUGUCCGUCACCGACGACGACCUCGCCCUCGUCGCCGCCUCCUUCUCCGGUUUCCGGGAACUUGUCCUCGUUUGCUGCGAAGGGUUCGGCACCCGUGGACUCGCCGCCGUUGCCGGCAAGUGCAGAUUGCUGAGGGUGCUUGAAGUUGUGGAAUCUGUGGUUGAGGUUUAUGAUGAUGAUCAUGAAGUGGAUUGGAUAUCAUGUUUUCCUGAGAGUGAAACUCAUUUGGAGUCUCUUGUUUUUGAUUGUGUUGAGAGUCCUGUUAAUUUCGCUGCGUUGGAGGGGCUUGUGGGUAGGUCACCUUGCUUGAAGAAGCUUAGGUUGAAUCGUUAUGUAUCCAUGUCUCAGCUAUACCGGUUAAUGCUUCGAGCUCCACAGCUCACGCAUCUUGGAACAGGUUCCUUCAGUGCUACUGAGGGUGAUCAGGAACAACCAGAUUAUGCAUCUGCGUUUGCAGCUUGCAGAUCCUUGGUUUGUUUAUCUGGAUUCAGGGAUAUUUGGGCUGAUUACCUUCCUGCUAUUUAUCCGGUCUGCGCGAAUCUCACAUCCUUGAAUUUAAGCUAUGCUGAUGUUAAUGCCCUUCAGCUGAAGUCGAUUAUAUGCCACUGUCAUAAACUACAGAUAUUAUGGGUCCUUGAUUCAAUAGGUGAUGAAGGCCUUCAGGCCGUGGCUGCAACUUGCAAAGAUUUACGCGAGCUACGUGUUUUCCCUGUGAACACACGGGAAGAGUCUGAAGGUCCGGUCUCUGAAGUAGGCUUUGAAGCAAUUUCUCAGGGUUGUAGGAGAUUGGAAUCAAUUUUGUUUUUCUGCCAAAGAAUGACAAAUGCUGCUGUGGUAGCUAUGUCAAAGAACUGCCCGGAUCUUGUGGUGUUUCGUCUCUGUAUAAUUGGGCAGUAUCGACCCGAUCCUGUGACUCAAGAACCCAUGGAUGAGGGUUUUGGUGCCAUUGUUAUGAAUUGCAAGAAGCUCACUCGGCUUGCUAUGUCUGGUUUGCUGACUGAUCGAGUUUUUGAAUACAUUGGGAGGUAUGGGAAAUUGGUUAGGACACUGUCAGUUGCCUUUGCUGGAGACACUGACCUGGGGCUUAAAUAUGUGCUAGAAGGAUGCCCUAAUAUGCAAAAGCUUGAAAUCAGGGAUAGUCCGUUUGGGGAUGGAGCUUUGCGAGCUGGUUUGCAUCAUUAUUACAACAUGAGAUUCCUCUGGAUGUCAUCGUGUAAAUUGACGCGUCAAGCUUGCCAAGAAGUUGCAAGAGCAUUGCCCCACCUAGUUUUGGAAGUGAUCAACAGUGAAGCGGCUGCAGUUGAUGAUAUUGAGAUAUUGUACAUGUAUCGGUCUCUUGACGGGCCACGAGAUGAUGCUCCAAAAGUUGUUACCAUCCUGCAUUAGUUUUCUUAAUUAAAGAAGUUUUUAGCUUUUUCCAAUGGUGGCUGUUGAAUUAAAUAUGAUAGAGCGGGGGAUUUUAAAUAAACCUGCCAGAAGAUUUAUGCUAUCCAUGGGAAACAAAGUUAAGCUAACAACUCCUGUUCUUGGUGUGGGCUGCUGUGAUGGCAGGCCAUAAAGAUGCUAUUCUGGAGGGAAACAUUUCUCCAUUUGGCCUUGUUUAUGUUAGAGGACCCAGGUUUCGGAUUUGGAAUAGAGAAUUAGGGAGGGUUAAGGGGGAGGAUGAAGUCAUACAGGUGUUGGACCAUUCAAUGUUGUUGUAUCAUCACAGCUUAAGUUUAUGUAUUUUCCCUUUUAUAUUCAUUUUAUCAUAACGGAAA